AACACCUGACACUGACAGUAGUGACAGUGACGUGUUGUCUUUAGUUGAAUAGUGUAAUUGUCGAAUAUGUUGGAUUUAUUUACAAUUUUUAGUAAAGGAGGUAUCGUUUUAUGGUGCUUCCAAACUACCAAUCAAAUAUUUACCCCCUCCGUAAAUGCUUUAAUUAGAAAUGUAAUUUUACAGGAGAGGACGGGAAUAAAUACAUUUGACCAUAAUGGAUUAUCCCUUCAGUAUAAACUAGAUAAUGAAUUUGAUUUGGUUUUUGUGGUGGCAUAUCAGAAAAUAUUACAGCUGUCUUAUGUGGACAAGUUUCUGAACGAUAUACACUUGGAGUUCAGGGAUAAAUACAAAAAUGAAUUGGCUGAUGGAAAAUACUUUUUGGAUUAUGAUUUUAUGGAUAUGUAUAACUCCACUUUGCAGGCUGCCGAGCAGUGGUCAAAGCUGCAGGCUAAACUGCCCAAGCAGAUGAGAACUUUCGAGGAAUCUGUAAAAUCAAAGAAAACUGUAGCUUCUAUGAUAGAAAGAAAAGGCGAAGAGAAGCCUGUAAAGGCUUCUAAGAAAAAGGAAGUGAAUUUUGCAGAUGAAGCAAAAACAUCCCCUCCUUCAUCUCCAAAAGCCGAAGAGAACGGGCUUAUUGACGAAGACACGUUAGCAGCAAAUAGAGCUAAACUUGCAAAAAAAUUACAAAAAAAGAAACCAGAAGUAAAGAAAAGUCCGAAGAGUCCUCCGUCGGAAAAAGCUGGUAAAAAGCCGAGGGUUUGGGAUUUAGGAGGUACUAAUAAGGAUCUCCAGAAUUUGGAAAGGACCAUGGGUAAACCAGAGGAUAUGAAGAGCCACUUUACUCCCGACACUGAGAUUGUGGGUCAAAUGAAAGGAGUUAUCAAAGAUUUAGAGGUAGAAUCUAGCGACGAGGAAUACGAGGAGGAAGAAGAGGUGGAAGUCCAGCAAAAGACGGCCAAACCUUCCAGGGGUGGGAUGUUUUCUUUACUCAAAGGCUUAGUGGGAUCUAAAAAUCUCACUGCUUCCGACAUGCAACCGGUUCUAGACAAGAUGAAGGACCAUCUGAUCACCAAGAACGUGGCUGCCGACAUAGCCAUGAAAUUGUGCGAAUCGGUAGCAGCAAAACUAGAAGGGAAAGUCCUGGGGACUUUCGACAGUGUAGCCUCCACAGUAAGAAACACCCUUACGGAAUCCUUGGUGCAAAUAUUGAGCCCGAAGAGACGCGUCGAUAUUUUACGUGACUGCAUCGAGGCGCAGAAGCAAAGCAAACCUUACGUUAUGAUUUUUUGUGGGGUGAACGGGGUAGGUAAGUCCACAAAUUUAGCGAAAAUUUGCUUCUGGUUAAUAGAAAACAAUAUGAGAGUUCUGAUUGCUGCGUGUGAUACUUUCCGAGCCGGUGCCGUAGAACAACUUCGAACCCAUAUGAAACAUUUGAAUGCUUUGCAUCCUCCGGAAAAGCACGGGGACCGUCAAAUGGUCCAACUCUAUGAAAAGGGGUACGGGAAAGAUGCCGCCGGAAUAGCGAUGGAGGCUAUUAGGUUCGCGAGAGAGUCUAAAAUAGAUGUGGUUUUGGUCGACACUGCCGGCAGAAUGCAGGAUAAUGAACCCUUGAUGAGGGCUCUAACUAAGCUAAUAAAAGUGAACGAGCCCGAUUUGGUUCUUUUUGUUGGAGAAGCUCUAGUGGGAAACGAGGCUGUGGAUCAACUUGUUAAAUUUAAUCAGGCACUGGCCGACUAUUCUUCCAACACUAAUCCCCAUCUCAUAGAUGGCAUUGUAUUAACAAAGUUUGACACUAUUGAUGAUAAAGUUGGAGCUGCUAUUUCAAUGACUUAUAUCACAGGACAACCUAUAGUUUUCGUUGGAACGGGUCAGACUUACACAGAUCUAAAAGCAUUGAAUGCAAAAGCAGUUGUGCAUUCUCUUAUGAAAUGAAAAGAGUUGCCUUAUAGGUAUCUUAAAUCCUGGAUUGUACCUAAUAGUUGUAAUUACCUAGUUUCUUAUCUAUUGUGGUUGUAUUUUUCCAGUUUUUCCUUAUAACUACAUUUUUAUCUUUUUCUCUUGAGGUGUCCGUUUUAAAAAUUCAUUAUUUAUA